UGCAGGCAAAAACUGUCUGUAUGCAGUAGAAGUGUUUUACUAGACAAAUACAUUACUAGACUGCAUACUGUCUGUAGUACAGUCAGUGAUAAGUACAUCUGUACUGGAUCUUGGAAUUUUCUCUCCUGUAUGUGGAUUCCAUAGAGCUACUUAAACAUAGGAUAUGUGCAAAUUCAGAGGAUGGAUUUCUAUGCAGUCUUCAAAGAUGUAUAAGUAUUAGGAUUGGUGAGAUACAUGCAUUGGAUCUGAACAAGCAAUAUCAAUUUAUAGAAAAAUCCACAUUGUUAAUAUCAAGAGAGCAGCCUUGCUUCUCAAGCAGAGAUGUAUUAAUGAAUGCAAAUGACUUUACUAUGCAAGUUGAGUAUAGGAAAAUGUAGAAAGGUACCUUCGUAGAGUUCCCAAAGGAAAUCAUACAAAUAAUACAGCUCAGGAUUGGGAUUUCGAAUAGAGUUGGAGAAUUAACACAAAAGGAAAGAGAGUACAAACAAAGGUCAACAUAUGAAGACUUAAUAGUCCAAAUAAACAACAUUGAUAAAUAGUAUACUUAACAAGCAAAUAAACACUGACAUCGUGGCUUUGAAUUGGUAAACAGUGUAAUCGUAGUUCUAGAGAUAUGGCGCAGAUUUAUAAUGAAGGCCAGCAUCUACAACAAGGAAGGAGAUAUUUUGGAGUAUUAUUUACGUUAAUUGCGAGUGGAAUUAAACAAACAAAGGCCAAUUUAUAUAACAUCUGGCAGAAUUCAUAUCUGACGUAUGACUCUGAUAUGCUCUUUAAGGGAUUACCUUCGACGGAAGUUGGAAAAAGCUUAAAAAAUCAGUUUGGUAAUAUGGGAUUAACAAUGUUAUGGCCCAAAGAACGCAGUUGGUGGCCAGUGCAAAAAUGGCGAAAAUCCUCAGUUAGACCAUUGUCGUUUCAUAAGCCAGAUCGAGGCUCAGUGAGAAAAUCAGAAAGAGGCUCAUUAAGGAAUUCAGACCGUGGUUCCUUGAGAAAUUCAGAACGAGGUUCCUUUAGAAAUUCAGAACGAGGUUCCUUAAGAAAUUCAGAACGAGGCCCUUGGAAGAGUUCACGUAGAUCAGUGAAUAG